GCGUCGUGUUAUUCCGUUCGAUUCCAUUCCGGUGCGUCAACAAUGGCUUCUUCGUCUUCAUCAUCGAAUGUAACAGAGCGAAGAGGAAUACCGGGUGCUCAGUUCGUAGAAGAUGUUCAAACUUAUCUCACUCAAUUAGGUCUCGAUGUUAAUUCCGCCUUAGCUUUCCUUCAAGAAAGACUUCAGCAAUACAAGGUUGUUGAAAUGAAGCUUCUCGCGCAGCAAAGGGAACUUCAGGCAAAGAUACCGGAUAUUGAAAAGUGCCUAGAUGUUGUUGCUACAUUGCAGGCUAAGAAGGGCACUGGUGAGGAACUUAUUGCUGACUUUGAGGUAUCAGAAGGAAUAUAUUCACGAGCUUCUAUAGAAGAAACUGAUUCUGUAUGUUUAUGGCUGGGAGCAAAUGUUAUGUUGGAAUAUUCAUUAGAAGAGGCUACUGCUCUCCUACAGAAAAAUCUGGAUAAUGCUAGAGCCAGUUUAGAAGUUCUUGUUGCUGAUCUACUCUUUUUAAGGGAUCAAACGACAAUUACACAGGUUACGAUUGCUCGUGUUUACAAUUGGGAUGUCCAUCAACGGAGGACUCAACAACUUGCUGCUACUGCAAUUGCUCAAGAGUAGUAUUGAAGAGAUUUUGUUCACACUUAGUUUUAAAGUUGUGUACUAUAUACCCUUCAGUUUAGAUUAUGCUUCUAAUCUCUUGCCAUUUUGAUGAAUUGUGUGUUCCUUCUGUCCCUAGUCCCGGUUUCCCCUAAAGCAGGUUCUAGGAUUGGAAUUAGGAUAUAUUUUUUUUAACAUGUAUGUCUUGUUGAUUUUGAUCUCUUGGUUUCUAGAACAAUUUUGUAAAAUUAAUGGGAAGGUUUUGUAUUAAAUGAUCUAUCUAUAUGAUGAGUAGUAUGUUGUACUCUUUA